GGUUACCGUGCGUUUCCGCCAGGUGGCGCCCGAAACAUCUGUUUUCGUGACAUAAUUGCGGGGCGACGAAAGGAGGCGGAUUGCAGAAAUCGACGUUGCUUUGCUUUAGCCGCAAGCUCUGUUUUAAAUUCGAUAGUGUUUAAACAAAUUGACCAGUACCACCACCCCCGCACCGGCUUACCCGAAAUCGCGCAUCACCGCCGCAACAAUGACGGGUAUAAUUUCGAUCGUAACGAGACGGCUGCCCCAAACUCUGGGAAUGCGAGCCCUGCGGAGUCAUGAGCUGAAACGUUGCAUCCGCCAGUAUUCCCGAUUAGUUGCCGUAUCGGUUGCCCAGCGGCAGCAGCUCUUCCGCCAAGAUGCCACUGCACUCUGCCAGGAUGCCCCUAGGGUUAUUGCCUGGCAAGGCAUCCAUACCACGUCUAGCAUGUGGUCAGAGCAGGUUGUGAAAGUGCCGCCGUUCGCAGAUUCCAUCGCUGAAGGUGACAUCAAGUUCACGUGCAAGGUGGGUGACUCAUUUGCCGCAGAUGCUGCCGUUAUGGAAAUCGAAACCGACAAGACGACGAUGCCCGUGCCCGCUCCAUUCGCUGGCACUGUCACCGAAAUCUUGGUGAAGGAUGGCGAUACUGUUAAGCCCGGUCAAGAGCUUUUCAAGAUGAAGCCUGGUGCGGCCCCUGCCGGAGCACCUGCUCCAGCUGCUGCUGCCCCCGCUCCCGCCGCCCCGGCUGCUGCGCCAAAGCCGGCACCCGCUGCGGCCGCGGCACCGAAGCCAGUCGCUGCCAAACCGCCUCCACCACCACCGCCAGCUGCCGCUCGUCCGCCCCCGAAGGCACCGCCACCAGCAGCCGUCGUUAAGCCAGCUGUGGCUCAAGUGAAAGUGCCGCCUGCAGACGGUUCUCGCCAGAUCCUUGGCACUCGAUCGGAGCAGCGUGUUAAGAUGAACCGCAUGCGGCUAAAGAUCGCGGCGCGUUUGAAGGAUGCUCAAAAUACAUGUGCUAUGCUCACUACUUUCAACGAAAUUGACAUGAGCUACGCCAUGGACUUCCGCAAACAGAAUCUGGAGACUUUCGUCAAGAAGUACGGCAUUAAGCUUGGCUUCAUGUCCAUUUUCUCGAAGGCCAGCGCCUAUGCUCUGCAGGAUCAGCCAGUGGUGAACGCUGUUAUCGAUGGCACGGAUAUUGUGUACCGUGAUUAUGUCGACAUCUCGGUGGCGGUGGCUACUCCUCGUGGUCUUGUGGUGCCAGUUAUCCGUAAUGUUGAAAGCAUGAAUUACGCGGACAUUGAGAUCGCACUCGCUGGCCUGGCUGAUAAGGCGAAACGAGAUGCUAUCACCGUGGAGGAUAUGGACGGCGGCACUUUCACCAUCAGCAAUGGCGGCGUGUUUGGCUCUCUAAUGGGUACGCCUAUUAUUAAUCCUCCACAGAGCGCUAUUCUCGGCAUGCAUGGCAUCUUUGAUCGACCCAUUGCCGUCAAGGGAGAGGUCAAGAUUCGUCCCAUGAUGUACAUUGCACUCACCUACGACCACCGGAUCAUCGAUGGACGUGAGGCUGUCCUGUUCCUGCGCAAAAUCAAGGCUGCUGUUGAGAACCCAGCGAUCAUUGUGGCCGGCUUGUAGAGUGAAUUGUUUUAAAGUGCGUCCACGAUCCUCACUUGAUAUUAGCCUUAUUUCAUUGAAAAGUAUCUUUUGGUUAUUUAUUUCUUUAUUUUUGCCAGUGUUACAAAACGACUUACAUUUCUUUCGAUUUGCAUAUUCUGAAUUAGUCAAAAUAAAUCUGAGCGUGGAUAUUUUCGUAAGAAUAAUUUCGAAUCUGUUUCUGCCUACGCCCUCGCCCUGUGCACUAAACAUUUAAUGUUAACCUAAGAUACUAUUGCAAAAUCAUAAUAAAGCGAUGACGAAUAUUGACCAACCAGAA